GCCAGAGGAUCAGGCGCGGAUAGAUUUAGCUUUACGAGGGGAGGGGAGGGAUAUGUGUGUGCAGCUUUUUCCUCCUGUUCUGAUGAAACUCAAACGCUCCUCCUAGCGAGCGCGAAGAGGAGGAGGAGGAGGAGGAAUCUUCCUCUUUUGCUCCGCUUUAGGACUCCACUUCCUGGAGGAGCCCUCCCUUUGGGGAGUUUCUCCUGGGAUCCCUGGUCCUCUGCAGACAGUGAGAGAAAUAGCAACACCUGUCCAAAAUGAAGGACCGGCUAGAGCAGCUGAAAGCGAAACAGAACCAGGAUGAUACUGAUGAUGAUUUGGAAAUUGCCAUCGAUAACACAGCUUUUAUGGAUGAGUUCUUUGCAGAGAUUGAAGAAACACGGCAAAAUAUUGAUAAAAUUUCUGAGAAUGUAGAAGAAGCAAAAAGACUGUACAGCAUUAUCCUGUCUGCCCCAAUCCCUGAACAAAAGACAAAGGAUGACCUGGACCAGCUCACAGCAGAAAUCAAGAAAAUGGCUAACAGUGUCCGAAACAAACUUAAAAGCAUGGAGCGAAACAUUGAGCAAGAUGAAAUCCGGUCAUCGGCUGACCUGCGAAUACGGAAAUCCCAGCAUUCAGUUCUUUCUCGAAAAUUUGUUGAUGUGAUGACGAAGUACAAUGAAGCUCAGGUCGAUUUCCGAGAACGGAGCAAAGGCAGGAUCCAGAGGCAACUUGAGAUUACUGGAAAGAAUACGACAGAUGAGGAGCUGGAGGAAAUGUUGGAGAGUGGAAAUCCUGCAAUAUUCACAUCUGGGAUCAUGGAUUCCCAGAUUUCAAAGCAGGCACUGAGUGAGAUUGAAGGGCGGCAUAAGGACAUUGUGCGGCUUGAAAGUAGUAUCAAAGAGCUUCAUGACAUGUUUGUGGACAUUGCCAUGCUUGUGGAAAACCAGGGAGAAAUUGUAGAUAAUAUAGAACUUAACAUGAUGCACACCAUAGAUCAUGUAGAAAAAGCUCGUGAAGAGACCAAAAAGGCCUUGAAAUAUCAGAGUAAGGCACGCAAGAGAACAAUAAUUAUCAUUGUGGUAGUCAUUGUCUUGCUGGGAAUUGUAGCUCUGAUUAUUGGACUUUCCGUAGGGCUGAAUACAAAGUAGCCCAUCGGGCUACUGGCUCUGAACCACACUCCUGAAAUGUUCCUGGAUUGGUAGAAAGACUUGCCCUCCUGAUCCUCAUCACCAUGCUGUGACCUUCCCCUGCCUACCCUCCAGCCUUGUUUCCUUGGACUGAGUAUGAAUUGUUCCUUGCAGGAGGGAUUAGUGUGCACCAACACUACAUGUAAGAGCUACACAAUUCUCUAGCUCACUUCAGGUAGCUCACAAGCUACCUGAACCACAGGAUUCUAUUGUAAUUUGUACAACCAGAAAUUCACGAGAUCUUGUGACAUCCUGGAGGGAACCUGUCAUUCUCCUUGCCCAUCCUUCCCUCCCUCCCUGCUAGAUCUGCUGCCUCCAGUUCAAGCUCUUCCUGAUGUCAUCUCCUGUUUUAAAGUUCCAUCCUUCCAGAAUUUUCUCCAAUUACAAUGGAGCGAACUUUUAAAAUGUUUGGAGAUACUAUUGCCUACCUCACCACUUUUGAUUCUAAUGUCAGAUGUAAUGUUUUUAAUGUGUUCAGAUCUUUACAGGAUACCAGAGAUUGCUAUUUGUUGAAAUGGCCAAUACUAAGGGCUAAUUUAUCAGUCCAGUGCCUGCCAGUAGUUGCUAAGAAUCAAUCCCUUGUACACUGAAGCUGGCUUUCUACUGUCCUUGAAAAAUGGCCCAGUUCAGGCAACACUUGCAAAGCUCAAAAGCUGCUGGAGGCACAGCACCCAUUAUCCUACUAAUGCCAAAGAAUGGCCAAGUGCAGCAAUAGUGUUGUGUACCUAGCAGUGUAAACUUAGCAGUGUAUGACACUUCCAGAGCUUUGCACCAAGCCAGUUUAGGGGAGAUGUAGCAGGUUAGGGUGAGAGGCAGAUGCACAACAGCUCCGGCUUGAGAACAGCAGGUUCUUCAAGCCAGUGUUUCUGAAUCAGGCUAGGAAUUGUCUACAGCAUAUGGAAUGUAGCUAUGAGAAUGGGUAGCUAAUUAGUACAUGCUAAUUUUCUGUAUCUGAGCUAUACUCUUUGUCACCUAAAGAUGGCAGUAGAAUUGUACAUUAAUCCACCAUUUCCUGGACAUCUGGAAUGCUCCAUUUGGGUCCUAGUGUCUUGGGCACAGAACCCAAGCGAAGCAUUCUAGAACAAAGAAGAUCCAGGAAAUGGUGGAUUAAUAUACAAUUCUACUGCUAUCUUUUGUUGAAAAAGACUAUAGAAGUAUUUUGUCUCCAAAG